ACCAUCGUGUCCAUCUUCUUGGGCCCAGAUAUUUAUUUAGUACGUUUGUCCAAUGAACGUAGAAAAAAAUGGAUAAUAGAGGAGACAGACGAGUGUGGCGCGCAGGACAGACAGACUGAGAUGGAAGGAGGUGCAGACAGAGGCCGCAAUAGGAGGGGUUGCAAACAGGACAGACCGUUGGGGGAUGAGGGUAGAGCAGCCAGACAGGAGCGGCAUAAGAUGCAGCGGCUGCAGAGCCAGAAGCAGAGCUCACGCUGGGCCGCGCUGGAGGCGUCCGUCGUUUGGGGCGUGGCCUCGAGCAGCCCCGCCCUCCUCGCCAGAGACCCGGCGGGCGGGCGGCUCGCAGCUGUGGCGCCGACAUGGCUGCGCUGGUGGAGCCGCUGGGGCUGGAGCGGGACGUGUCCCGGGCGGUGGAGCUCCUCGAGCGGCUCCAGCGCAGCGGGGAGCUGCCUCCGCAGAAGCUGCAGGCCCUCCAGCGCGUCUUGCAGAGCCGCUUCUGCUCUGCCAUCCGGGAGGUUUAUGAGCAGCUCUAUGACACGCUGGACAUCACCGGCAGCGCUGAGAUCCGGGCACAUGCCACAGCCAAGGCCACAGUGGCUGCCUUCACGGCCAGUGAGGGCCAUGCACAUCCCAGGGUAGUGGAGCUGCCCAAGACAGACGAGGGCCUGGGCUUCAACAUCAUGGGGGGCAAGGAGCAGAACUCGCCCAUCUACAUCUCCCGGGUCAUUCCUGGAGGUGUGGCUGACCGCCACGGAGGCCUCAAGCGUGGGGACCAGCUGCUGUCGGUGAAUGGUGUGAGCGUUGAGGGUGAGCAGCACGAGAAGGCCGUGGAGCUGCUGAAGGCGGCCCAAGGCUCGGUGAAGCUGGUGGUGCGUUACACGCCUCGUGUGCUGGAGGAGAUGGAGGCCCGCUUUGAGAAGAUGCGCUCAGCCCGCCGGCGCCAGCAGCACCAGAGCUACUCGUCCUUGGAGUCUCGAGGCUGAAACCACAGAUCUGGACCCUCCCACUCACCCCCUCCCCUGUACAGUAUUUAUUGUCACCGGCUCCUUAUUUAAAGAUCUUUGACCCUCA